GGCGCAAGAUGGAUUUCGAUAGUUUGAAGAAUCAGGUCAGCAAUCUGACACUUUACGACCUGAAGGCAGGUGUUCGUAAAGUGCAGAAUGCUGUCAUGAACUACACCGAGAUGGAGUCCAAGGUCCGAGAAGCCACCAACAACGAGCCCUGGGGAGCAUCCACGACCAUGAUGAACGACAUUGCCAGCGGAACUUUCAACUAUCAAAUUCUCAACGAGAUCAUGCCCAUGAUCUACAAACGCUUCACCGAGAAGACUGCCGAGGAAUGGCGACAGAUCUACAAGGCCCUCCAACUGCUCGAGUUCCUGAUCAAGAACGGCUCCGAAAGAGUUAUCGACGAUGUCCGAUCCCACCUCUCCCUCAUCAAGAUGUUGCGUCAAUUCCACUACAUUGACCAGAACGGCAAAGACCAGGGCAUCAACGUCCGCAACCGAUCAAAGGAGCUUACCGAGCUUCUUAGCGACGUCGACAGAAUUCGAUCUGAGCGUAAGAAGGCCAGACAGAACAAAAACAAAUAUAGUGGUGUUGAGGGUGGUGCUGGUCUUGGAGGCUCAAUGUCCACCUCCAGCAGCAGGUACGGUGGCUUCGGUAGCGAGUCCGCCCCUGGAGGAUAUGGUGGAGCUACUAGACAGGUUUACGGCGAUGGUGGUGGCUUUGGAGGUGAAACAGUUCAAGACGACUGGGAAGAGCGAAGCCAGAGUCGCAGCAGAGGUCAAGACCGAUUUGACGAAUACGACGAGUACGAUGAGGGAGGUGCUGCUGCACCACCCCGAAGGAAGGCAGAGCCAUCAAGAACUGGAACCAAAACAUCAACCGCGGCAGCAAAGAAGCCCGAGCCUCCUAAACCCAAGGAGCCCGAGGUCGAUCUCUUCGACUUUGGCGAUGAACCGACCACCCUUGCAGCACCUUCAAUGCCUGCCAUGUCUUCCAACGGCAAACAGCCUGCCGAUGAUGGUUUCGGUGCUCUUCAGUCUGGUGGUGCUGAUGAUGACGAUUUCGACGACUUCCAAUCUGCCGCUCCAGCAGCAGCCCCAGCCCCUGCACUCGCAGCAGUUCCCAAGCCCAACUACACUCCUAACUACACAGCCAUCGCACCUCCAGUGUCCACAGCAACACCCAACACUCAAUUCGCACAGCCUCAGCCAAGACAAGGCACCAACAACGCUGCCUUCAGCAAUCUUUUCUCAACCACAUCUCCCGUUACCGGUGCCGCAGCACCACCACCACAGAACAUUGCCUCACCCAUGUCGGCAGGUCAACCACGAGCAGGCGGAUUCUCAGCCGCACAACCCAACUACUUCACAUCUGUCAAUGCUGCUCAAUCACAGCCAGCAUCGACAGUGGCAUCUCCUGGUGUCAAGUCACCAAUCGGAGGUGCUCCUAAGCCUAAGGCCAGUGGAGAUGCAUUCGCUGCACUCUUGUCUGGGUCUAACAUCAAGAAGUCUGGUACACCUAGCAACAAGGGACCUACCAUGGCAGACAUGGCCAAGCAAAAGGCUAGCGCUGGCAUUUGGGGAACGACCACUUCGUCAACUCCUGCCAGUCCGGCUGCUCCUCAAAACGGUGGACAGAAGACUGGCGGAGCUAUGGAUGAUUUGCUUGGAUAGGAAAGUGGGUAGAUGGAUGAUUGCAAUGCAUUGUAGCCGGGGAGAGCGAGA